AUGUCGGAUCAGAAUCUAGUUGAUGAUCCACUUGUUUCGUUUGAUCAACCAUCACCGACGAAAUCCAAAACGAAUGAAUCUUAUGAGAAUCGCUUGCUAGAUGAUAUUGAUCCAUUCGGAAAUCAUAAUGGAACAAACGGAAAUAGUACCAAUGAUUCCAAUCAAUUUUCCAUAACAAAUGAUCUUUUCCCAACAGAUCCCGACCAGGAUGAGAAAGCUAAUCAUCACGAAUAUUCCACGCAGAAAAAUGAAGAAUCAAAAGCUUCACCUUGGGAUUCUCAGUCGUAUAUGAAUGGUAGUGCAACAAAUCAAAAUUCUCUUUUACUUGAAUUCGAUCCUGAAGCACCUACUCCAGCAGCCGAAAAUUCUACUAAUCAAAACGCGCUAUUUUCUAAUGGCCAACCAACGAAUACGGCAACUCAGCAAAAUAACAAAACUGAAAGUCUUCUUGAUUUCGAAGGUUCAUCUGAUAAUACCAAUGAGUCCCAGCAACAAUCACAUUUACCUAGCUUCUCCAAUCCAGCUCCUAAUCUAAAGUCAACAGAUACUGAUCAGAACGUGCCUUUAACUCCUCAAUCCGCUGAACAGGAAAAAGAACUAUUGCAUCAAGCAUUUGAUGAAGUCGAUCAUGCUGCUCAAGAAUUGGUAGCCAAAGUUGAUUUAGUUACAACACCAACUCCACCCCCAACAUCCGAUUCACAACCACCACCAUCAUUUGAUACAGAACAAAAAGCUGAUGUUCCGAUUGUACCAAAACCAGCUGCUACUGCUACUACUUCAAAAGCAGACUCAGCAUCGUCAAUAAAGAAGCCUGCUGCCAGUGCUAUACGACCGACCAGUGCUGCCAAACCGAAGGCAUCAUCAACAGCUGUUGCGGCAUCUAAAAGCACAGAACAUAAACCAGCUGCUGCAACUUCAACUACUAAAAGUACAGAGCAUAAACCAACGGCUUCGGCAACAAAAACUACUGAAUCAAAACCAGCAGCAACUGCGUCAGCGACAGGUCGUAAGACAAUCCACUCUGCACCAGCAACUGGCUCUGCGUCGACAGCUACCAAUAGAACAAAAGCAACACCUACUUCACCUUCUGCGGGACCUUCGACAACUCCAAAACCAGCGCGUGAUGUUCCAUCUAAAUCUUCUUCAACUGCAGCAACAGGAGCAACAGGAACAGGAACAGCAUCUUCAACAGCAACUAAGCCUAAGCCUACUGCUAGUUCUACGACAGCAACAAGUACAUCUCGACCAACAGUUAAACCAGUAACAAAACCAACUCGCCCAUCGACAGCUCCCAAAACUUCUGCUUCAACAGCGUCAGCAGCUACUGAUCAAGAAACAACCAUACUUUCCACAGCACCAGAGGGUAGUUCUUCGUCUGCACCUACGACAGCGAAACCUAAUAUACGAGCACCAUUGCACUCUACUAAACAACCAACAAAAACAACUACAACAACAAGUACUGCUGGUGCCACAGGUACAUCGCGCGCAGCUGCAUCGACGACUAAAUCAACAGCUGUCAAAGAACGACCGACGUCACAUAGCCGUGCGACAACGAGACCAGCAACUGCCGCUAGUGCAUCAGCUACAAUAGCUCCUAAACGGGCGAAUAGUGCUAGUCGUCCAGCAACGGCUGAUACUGCGUCUCGUCCAGCACGAUCAGUUGCGGCCGACGGUGCUUCAGGAACAACGUCUGCACGACCACAAUGGAAUUCGACUACUUCUAAAGUAGGCUCUCUUCAAAAUGCAAGUCACAAAGCUGGUGGCGGUACUGUGAAGAUUCCAAAUCAAAAACUUCAGUGGAAUGCUAAAUCAAAAGUUGGCUCGCUCGACAAUGCUAGUCACAAAGCUGGUGGUGGCACAGUCAAAAUUGAAAGUAAAAAGCUCGAUUUCAAAGAGAAAGCCAAAGCCAAAACCGACAGUGGUCAUCACGAAACGAUGACAUCUGGUAAUAGCGAUGGGGCAAGUGCUAGUGUAACAGUUAAUGAUGAACAACAGAAAGAAACUCAACCAUCAGACGAACAACAAACUCAUGAUGACGGUGACAAACAAACAUAG